AUGUCGGGAAAGCUGAAUCUGAAUCUGCUCUGCUUGUUUCUUUGCUUUUCCUGGACGGAGGCCCGCAUUUGGGCCUGGAUGCUCAACAUGCCCCACAGCCCUCCGAAAGAAGCGGCCAAAGCACUCCGGGAGAUUCCCCCCGUGGCCAAAGCACUGACGGCUGAGUGUGACCACGACAGAGCUUGUGGACGGGGUUUCUCGUGCGACCGCCACUUUGGUGUUUGCGUUCCUCUGCGCGCGGAGGGCCACUACUGUCGGAGGGACGCGCAGUGCGUCCGCGGCCUCAGCUGCAUGUUCGGGAAGUGCCACCGCAGCAUCCCCAACGGCCAAGAGGGGGCCAGGUGUAAGGUGGACAGGGACUGCGGGGCCUCCAUGUGCUGCGCCCGGCACCACGGCGAGCAGGUGUGCAAGAGGCGGCUGGUUCAAGGCGAGAGCUGCUACGUGCCCGACGGCGGCCUGGCCUUCAGCAUCAACCAGAUUUGCCCCUGCGAGGAGGGCCUGCUGUGUCGGGAAAGCAGCGGUCCCCGCCGGAGAGAGUGA